GUGGUCAGUACGUUUCCAGAAAAUGGUCGGAUUGUGUGUCGAGCCCUGACACGUAUUUAGUCAAAACUCGUAAAUAAAUGUUGGAAAAGUUUGUGGUCAUGAUAUAUUGAUUGAACCCACCUUUCUAGAAAUAUUGAGAAACAUUGAAAAUGGAGUUCCGUGAGACGCUUUUAGCCGCUCAACGAAAUCAACAACAAAAGUCAUCUGUUGGUAACACAUAUUAUAAAGCACGUUUUGACCCUCCAAAGAAAGAAAAUAAGCCGAGAGAUAAACUUUCAGCUAAUAUACAAAAAUUUUUGGCGAAAAAAGAAGAAGAAGAGAGACAGAAACAAUUAGAAGCACAAAGAAAACGAGAGGAGCUUCUAGCUAUGAGAGACCCCAAGGCUUUAAGAAAAAUACAGAAAACAUUGAAAGUUAUAAAGUCUGCAAAUAAGUCGGUACUAGCAGAUGCUAUUGACAGGGAACAUACAGCCGUUACCCUGGAGGGUCCAGAGCAGCCUGACCAAGAUGACUAUGGAUAUGAGUCUCAGGAAGCAGCUGCCUUAUAUGAGAAAAUGAUGCAAAAAUAUAGUAAACUGCCGGAACAACCAAAAUUUUCAUCUAGCGGUAACAAUGUAAAUAAAGACAUAAAUGGUACUCGGGAAAGAGUGAAACAUGCUCUCCGUCAUGAAGAUGAUCCAGUCCCUCAUAAGAGACGACGAAGAACUGAAAAUGGAGACAGAGAACUCAGUCCGCCGCAGAGAUACGAACCAGAGCCAAAGAGAGAUGAAAAAUCUGACAGACCCAAAAUAAAGAAACCCGCCCCACCACCAAUGGAUUUCAAUCAGUUGUUGAAACUAGCCGAGCAAAAGAAGAGCGAGCCGAUUGAAUUGGCAACAAAGAAGGUUGCAUCAGAGCCAGAGCCAGAGCGGCCAAUGACCAAGAAACAGAAACGAGAAUACGAAGAGGAAAUGGCGAGGCGACAGCGGAAACAGAUGAGAUUGGAAGCUGAAAAAUCAGGAGGACGGAAAGUUAGCCACGGAACUGUUGUAAAGGAAGAAAAAGCAUCAGAGAGAGACAGAAAACCACAGCCUCCUGGACUUGGUCGAAUCCCAAAAUUAAGUGACAAAUUGUCAAGUACUACAAGAACUGAAGUUAAAACACAUGACAAGGAAAGAGAAAAAGAUAGACGUAGUAGCGAUAGAGACAGAGGGCGAGAAGAAUUAGUGAGAAGAGAAAGAGAAAGGGCUAGAGAAGAUGCACUACGAAAGGAUAAAGAAAGAUGUAGGGAAGACGCCAUAAAGAAAGAUAAAAGUAAAGUAGACAAAGAAAAGAUAGAACGAGACAAAUUAAGAUUAGACAAAGAAAGAUUAGAUAAAUUAAAAGCUGAGAGAGAAAGAAUUGACAGGGAAAUGGAAAGAUUAAAUAGAGAUAGAGAAAAAUUAGAGAAAACAAAAGCGAAGCUAGAGACGAAAACUGUAGAUAGAGAUAGGCAUUUAGAUAGAUCAAAGUUAGGUUCCAAAGAACGAGAUGUUAAGAAGAGUAUAGAUUUGAAAUCACAAAACACAUACAGGAUAGACAAAAACUGUAAUGAAAAGAGACCAGUGCAGCAAAGAAAUAGCGACAACAAAAUGAAUGGUCAGAGUUCACAGGGAAAACCAGUGCCAAAACUAGGUAAGGAACAAAAUGUAAAUAGGUAUGAUAUUAAAGAUAAAGCUUUACUUAAACAGAGACCAGUGAAUGGUGUUCCAAGGACGGGGGAGGCGAGUAGGGGCUUACAGAGACAAGCUGAUGAGAAACGACCAAAUGUCAACGGAAAAGUUGCUCCAAAGAUGACAAACAGUUUUGAUUUCGAUAAACAUGUCAAUUCACUUGGUAAGAAUGGCACUAAAUAUACAGUCGGUGAUGUUAAGAGGAAGCCAAAUCCUAAUGAUAUAAAGAAGAAACAGAAACGUCGAAUGGUGGACUCAGAUUCUGAAUAUGACUCCGAGAUGGACGACUUCAUUGAUGAUGGAGAUGAGAACAUGGAUUACUCCAAACACAUCAAAGAAAUAUUUGGUUAUGAUAAAUCUAAAUACCGAGACAUGGAUGACGAUGAUGAUCCGAUGAUGGAAUCUAGUUUUGCCCGACAACAAAGAGAGGAAUAUAUAAGCAAGAAAAUUGGUAUCAUGGAAGAUUUAGAAGAUAUGAGAAUGGAGGCAAUGGAAAAAAGCAAAAAGAAGAAAUCCAGGCGGCUGAGCGAUGAUGACUGAUCAGAAUUGAUUCAAAAUACAUUGGACCAAUAGAUUUUCUUUGAUAAUUUUGUACGCCUCAAAAUGUACAUAUGAUACAUUUAUAAAGCUGAAAUUACUUUUGUUCUGACAGCACCAAGCAAGGAACUAAUAACUAAUCUGUUGCUUAAUGAGCUAUAAAGAAUGAAUUAAAAUAUUAUAGUCGCCCUGUUGUAAACUUUUUGUAUAAUAAUCGUUGAUAAGCAUAAUCAUGAAUGACCUACAGUAUGGGUUUGCACAAAUGUAACAUAUGUUAUAGAUACAUUACAAAAUAAAACUGCCCCCUUAUUAUACAUCAUUAGUUUAUUGUAAUGUUUUAAUUUUUUUGGUUUGCGAGUUGUAAAUAAAAUUAAAUUAUUUGUGAUAAACAUAUUAGUGUAAGGAAUAAGGUUUUACUGCUCAGCAAUGUAAUAAAGAUGUGCGGAAUAAUAUUUUGUUGAAUAUAAAUUUACCUUCAUUUACACUAAAUGCAUUUUGCUGAAUUCUUAACUUUAUUAAUUAUGGACACUUAAUAUUUGCUUUAUGUAUAAUAAUAUUUAGAUUUAAAAGUAUGUAUUAAGAAAAUUAUUUCAUUAAGAGGUAAAACAAUUUAAAAUAUAUGGGAAUGAAAAAUAUAAUAUAAACAAAAAAAAUAAUGAUUAAUAAAUUUAUUACGAGCAUAUAACAA